AUGACUUUCACUUUCAAUCAAAAUGUCUCGGCACAAGAGCUGGCCGACAUCCUACCGAACGGCGUCGCCAUCCUCACCCACCGGUAUGAACUAGCGUUCGUAAAUCGCCGCUUCCGGGAACUCAUCCCAUACCCCAGCGUCAACUUCUCCGAGUGCUGGCUACGCUCGGUCCACCCAGACGACCAUGACCGGGUGUCCGCUGGGUAUCGGGAGGUCGCAACCUCCAAACAACCGCUGCGUCUCGAAUACCACACCCGUGACCCGAACUCGAUUUGGUGUGUUAUGACAUUGGAACGGCUGAAUGAUAAAGAUGUACAAUGCUUUGGACUAGGCGAAGGCGGGGUUUUCAUAUGUACAAUCGCAGAUAUCACCCCGGAGAAAAGGGCUGAGCUCGUGCAGAAGCAGGCUGCGGAAGAAGCACAAGAACGGAAGAGGCAACAAGAGCGAUUCAUUGAUAUGAUCAGUCACGAAAUUCGCAAUCCUCUAUCCGCGAUAGUACACUGCACCGAGGAUAUUCAAGAGGCGAUCUUCAACAAGAAACCGGAGGAAAUCUCGGCUAUGGACAUCACCGAGGCGACCGAGACUAUCAGUCUCUGCAUCAGACAUCAAAAGAAAAUUGUCAAUGAUGUUCUCACCUUUUCAAAACUCGACGCAUCGAUGCUGCCGCUGUCACCACGAAAGGUCCAGCCACAGCGACAUCUCACCAUUCCGAUGGCAAUCUUCCGACCCGAGCUCCGAAAGCAGAGGAUACAUUUUGAAUACAAGGCCGAUGUUUCCUAUGCCAAAUGCGGCAUAGACUGGGUCAUGGGAGAUCUAGAUCGGAUGGGCCAGGUUCUGGUCAACAUACUCUCCAACGCUAUUAAAUUCACCGCAAAAUCGGAGAGUCAGCGAUCGAUCCGGGUCUCAGUGGGUGCUUCGCUCGAACGUCCACCUUCAUAUCCGCCAAAUAUAGUGUUCUUCGAUUCAGGCGAAUCAGCGCUCCGCCAAGAUGCGACUCACAAGCCCGAGUGGGGAAGUGGCGCAAUUGCAUAUAUUAUGGUCGCCGUCAAGGAUUCGGGUAUCGGGGUCACUGAGCAAGCCCAGAAGCGGCUCUUUGAGCGUUUCAACCAAGCAACUCCCAAAACUGAGAGCAUCUAUGGCGGGUCUGGCCUUGGGCUCAACGUGUGCAGGAAGCUCUGCCACCUCCAUGGGGGCGAGAUUGGGGUGAGCUCGAAGGAAUGUCAAGGAAGUACCUUCGGGUUCUUUUUCAAAGUACGCAGAACAACCAACGAAGGUGGCGAAGUAGAUGGAAGUCCCAGUGUGUCUGCUAUUGAUAAGCUCUGUGUUGAUAUCCAGUCACUGGGCAACAAAAUGCGUGGUGUCGAUCAAACGACGCAAGAGCCCCACAUCCCGGAAUCCCCCCCUGAAGAUAGCGUCUUUGCGGCACAGCCAGGUGGCCUGAAGGACGGAUACACAGUGGAUACCCACAGUAUAGCCGGUGAGGUCAAGAACCAUGAAAUCAAACGGGCGAAGCCAAACCAUCCAUCCCAUCCCAAUGACGAGAAACUAACUGGCGACGGUCAACGCAUUCUCUUGGUUGAGGAUAACAUUAUCAACAGGCGAAUUACAUCACGGAAGUUGAACACUCUCGGGUUUGACAUAUCAGAAGCGAGCAAUGGGAAAGAAGCGGUGGAUGCGAAUCAAAAUAAACCAUUCGACUGCAUUCUCAUGGAUCAGCAGAUGCCUGUUAUGGAUGGGAACUGUGCCACGAAAGCCAUUCGUGAUAUUGAAAAGGAAAGCGGAGGGCACGUGCCAAUCCUGGGUGUCACAGCAAAUGUCAGGGAAGAACAGCAACAGGAAAUGAUGGGCGCUGGAAUGGACGAUAUCAUUUACAAACCCUACGGGACUCAAGAGCUCGUGAAAAAGAUCAAUUACAUGGUUUUGAAGCGUGAUGCGGCAGGUAAAGGAUCGUGA